UGCAACUCUAGCAUUGUGGGUGAGAGACACAGUGCUUGAAAUUUGCAUUUCUUUAGAUAGAAACAUACAAAAAGAGAUGGCUGCUAUUUCUGGUCACUGGGCUUUUGCUUUUGGGGUCCUUGGUAACAUUGUCUCAUUCAUUGUGUUCCUUUCUCCACUGCCCACGUUUUAUAAAAUAUACAAGAAGAAAUCAACUGAAGGCUAUCAAUCAAUUCCAUAUGUGGUUGCUCUAUUCAGUUCCAUGCUUUGGAUUUAUUAUGCAUUUCUCAAGACAAACACGACCCUUAUCAUCACUAUAAACUCCUUUGGUUGUUUCAUUGAAACUAUCUACGUCGGUUUCUAUCUUUUCUACGCACCAAAGAAAGCCAGGAUUCAAACUGUGAAGAUGCUCGUAUUAUCAGUAGUGGGUGGCUUUGGCGUUAUUGUCCUUGUUACCCAAUUUCUAUUCAAAGGUGCCGCUCGUGGUCAAGCUGUUGGAUGGAUUUGCCUUGUAUUUUCCUUGUGUGUGUUUGUAGCACCCUUAGGCAUUGUGAGACAAGUAAUAAAAACAAAGAGUGUGGAAUACAUGCCACUUCUCCUAUCCGUUUUCCUCACAUUAAGUGCUGUUAUGUGGUUCUUCUAUGGUCUUCUCGUAAAAGACAUUAACAUUGCUAUUCCAAACGUAUUGGGAUUCGUCCUAGGAAUUCUCCAAAUAGUGCUCUACGUAAUAUACAACAAAAAGGAGAAGGCCAUUUUAAAGGAGGAGAAAGUACCGGAGAAGAUACAAAACCAUGUCAUUAUCGUAGAUGAUUACAAUAAUCAGAAACUUCCAGAACUCACAGAGGAACAGAUUAUUGACAUUGUAAAGCUUGGUUCACUUAUUUCCUCAGGAAAAAUUCACGUGGCUUCGUGUCUGCAUAAUUCUAAAUGUGGAGUUGAAGCAGUUAAAGUUGAGAAUAUGCCCAAGCUGCAAACUGCCGAAGCCUAAGAAGUAUUACUUUGAUUUACUCUGUUCUAACUCCUUGUUUGUACACAUUAAUUAUUCUAAGCUCAUAGUUUCCUGUUAUAGAAGUAAUUAGCUUUCUAGUUAGAAAAUAGUCGUCUUAAUGCAGAAAACAUAGCUGCCAGUCAUUGAUUGUGGUAGCAAUAAAAUAAAUUUUUAUUCAAGUUCAUUUGCGUUAAA